GACCUUCACUUUCUCUCUUUCUCUCUCUCUCUCUCUCUCCAUUUCCCCAAAAAGUCUUCGUCUUUGCAGCGAUAAAUCCUAACCCUAGAGGCACUGCCAAACCACCACCACCACCACCCAUGGCACCACCGACCUGGUUGUGGACUCUCUCUGCAGCCACCACAACUCUUCUAACUCUGAUCCCCUUGGUGUGUGGCAACUCCGAAGGAGACGCGCUCUACACCUUGAGAAGGAGCUUGACCGAUCCGGAUAACGUGUUGCAGAGCUGGGAUCCGACGCUUGUUAAUCCCUGUACCUGGUUUCACAUCACCUGCAACCAAGACAACCGCGUUACGAGACUGGAUUUAGGUAACUCAAACCUGUCUGGACAUUUGGUACCGGAACUUGGAAAGCUUGAGCAUUUGCAGUAUUUGGAGCUCUACAAAAAUAAUAUUCAAGGAACUAUCCCUGCUGAGCUUGGCAACUUGAGGAACCUUAUCAGUUUGGAUUUGUAUAAUAACAACAUCUCGGGGACAAUUCCUCCAUCAAUGGGGAAAUUGAAGUCACUUGUCUUCUUGCGACUAAAUGACAACCGAUUGACUGGGCAAAUCCCCAGGGAACUUGUUGGCAUUUCCAGUCUCAAAGUUGUGGAUGUCUCAAAGAAUGAUUUGUGUGGAACAAUUCCUACCAGUGGACCAUUUGAGCACAUUCCUCUCAACAACUUCGAGAAUAACCCGCGACUAGAAGGUCCAGAGUUGCUUGGUCUUGCAAGUUAUGACACAAACUGCUCAUGAAGAAGAGAACGUCGCUGCAAUGUCAUGGCUUGGAUUAUGCACUCACCCAAAAUUAGAGUGUAUUACCUCACAGUAUAAACAGGGAUUGAUCAAAAGCAGUCCCUCAUAUAAGUGUUUGUAAAUCUUAAUAGCUGCAUGGAUGUAUUAACAUUUAUAACUGCAUUGCCCCGCUCCUUCAGUAAUGUUGGAGACACAAACUUGUUGCUGUAAUGCUAGCUAAGAUUUUACUUAUGGUGUGAAUCCUUUGUUUCCCGGCUUGCCUUGUAUUGUAGAUUCAUACUGUUUCGUUAGUUCUCUUUAUUCAUCUUAUACAUCAUGAAUCACUCUGUUUUGUUGCAGUGAAUACUUCUUGAUUUUUUGUGUUAACAAUUAAAAAGUUAAGGGAGGA